UCGCCGGCAGGAGGUGACGCACUACCUGGUGAAGUGGUGCUCCCUGCCCUACGAGGAGAGCACCUGGGAGCUGGAAGAAGACGUUGACCCUGGAAAAAUCAAAGAGUUCGAGUCCUUGCAGAUCCCCCCAGAGAUCAAACAAGUGGAGCGCCCUGCUUCCGAGGCCUGGCAGAAACUAGAGAAGUCGCGGGAGUAUAAGAAUAACAACCAGCUCCGGGAGUACCAGCUGGAGGGGAUGAACUGGCUGGGGUUUAACUGGUACAACAGGAAGAACUGCAUCCUGGCGGACGAGAUGGGCUUGGGGAAGACAAUCCAGUCGAUCACCUUCCUCUCGGAGAUCUUCCUGAUGGGCAUUCGCGGCCCCUUCCUCAUCAUCGCGCCGCUCUCCACCAUCACCAACUGGGAGCGCGAGUUCCGCACCUGGACGGCGAUGAACGCCAUCGUCUACCACGGCAGCCAGAUCAGCAGGCAGAUGAUCCAGCAGUACGAGAUGGUGUACAGGGACCUGCAGGUGCCUGCCCCCGGGCCUGGUCGUCCUCUGGGCCCCGCGUCCUG